AUGGAUAUUGAAGAGUAUAAAAAACUUGCAAGAAAUAAAAUUGAGGCUGAUGCUUUGACUAAACAGGUGAGAGAUGUUAUAAAAGAAACAAAAUGGCAAAAACAAGAUAUGAGAGAGGGUUUUACAGAAACAUUUAAACCACUUAUUAAAUCUCAAGAGAGUGUUAAAAAAAGUAUUGAUGAGCAGCAAAACGCAACUAUAGCUCAACUUCAAGCUAAUCAACUUGCAUUAACAUCAGGAUUGGAAAAAAUUAACGAAACUAAUUUAAGAUUGGCUGAAAUGAGAGAAUUACCAGCUUUGGAAGGUGAUUAUGAAGAAACAAAAACAUCUAAAAAAAAAUCACCUACACUUUAUAACAUUGAAAAAAAUAUUGACGAUGUUGAUUUAGAAAUAUUAGAAAUGUUGGAAUAUCCAAGGCCAAAUGAUUUUUUUGAUACUAACCCUAAAAUACUCAGAGAAAUACUUGAUGAAGUAAAAAAUGAUGUAAAAAUGUUUACAGGAGAAAUAGCUGGUUUGAAUAGAAAAAACAUAAAACAGAAGAAGAUAAAGAAGAAAUAG